AGUUGGCCUCAACAUCAGCAACGAGAAGACCGAAAUUAUUGCGCUGAAUACUAUCAACACACGCCCAAUCUAAUCGAUAAUGAAGAUCUUCCUUACACAGAUAGAUUUACCUAUCUCGGCAGCGUCAUCAAUGGAGAUGGACGAACUGAACUGGACAUCCACAGCUGUUUCAACAAGACCAGAAACUCACUCAACAUGAUGAAUAAGGUAUGGCGCUCUUCCACUUACAGUACUCGUACUAAGCUGAAACUCUAUCACAGCUGCGUCCUAAAAAAUUGGAGAAGUAUUUAUCACAACUCUCCACAUUUCACACCGGGAGCGUUCUGCGUACCCUACGCAACUUCUGGCCAAAUUUAA